GCGGGGGUUGUGCGGCGGAGAUGUGCGCGGCGGGGAGGCGCCGGGGCCGGCGGCAGCGAGCUCUGCUCUGCGCCGUCCUGCUGGCGGCGUGGCAGGCGGCGUGGGGGCAGCUGCGCUACUCGGUGCCCGAGGAGAUGCCCAAGGGCUCGUUCGUGGGCGACGUGGCCAAGGACCUGGGGCUGCAGCUGCCGGAGAUCCGAGACCGCGGCGUCCACAUCACAGAAAGAGGUAGGACACAAUACUUUUCUCUGCACGGAAAGACGGGACAUUUAGUGACAGCUGCGAGGAUCGACAGAGAGCAGCUGUGCCGGCUGGUGGAGAAAUGCGUGCUGCGCUGUGAGCUGAUAGUGGAGGGACAGAUGCAGGUUUACGGAAUCGAAGUAGAAAUCACAGACAUUAACGACAAUACUCCGAGCUUCAGAGAGGCAGAAACAGAGCUGAGAAUUAGCGAGAUUAUAGCCUCGGGGGCGAGAUUUCCACUUCCCAGGGCACAUGACCCCGAUACGGGCCGUAAUUCCCUGCAGAGCUACGAGCUGAGCGGCGACGAGCACUUCUCGCUGGCCGUGCAGGCGGGCCCCGGCGGCGAUCAGCGUCCCGAGCUGGUGCUGGCCAAGGCGCUGGACCGGGAGGAGGCGGCGUUUCACGAGCUGGUGCUGAGGGCGAGCGACGGCGGCGAUCCGGCACGGACGGGCACGGCUCGGAUCCGCGUGACGGUGCUGGACGCGAACGACAACGCGCCCGUGUUCAGCCAGGCGGAGUACACGGUGCGUGUGCCCGAGGACGUGCCUGUGGGCUCUGUCCUCCUCACCGUCACGGCCACCGACGAUGACGACGGCUUAUACGGGCAAGUGAAGUAUUCUAUGAAGAAAGUGACAGACAUGGAAUCAGAUAUUUUCCAUAUGGAUACUGAAACUGGAGCGCUCAAACUGUCGAUGAUCCUCGAUUUUGAGGAAGACGAUUUGUAUGAACUGGAGGUGCAGGCACAUGACAGUGGAGCUCUUUUCGACACUGCAAAAGUCACAAUCACCGUGACAGAUGUGAACGACAAUGUCCCCGAACUGACAGUAUCAUCAAAGCUGAAGGACAUACCGGAGGACACCCAGCCAGGAUCUGUUGUGGCCCUACUGCAAGUGCGGGAUCGGGACUCGGGGGUGAACGGCGAGGUGCGCU